UAAGGAGCUUGUGACGUCAUUACCGUGCGCCCACAUGUGACCGGAGCGGUCAGAUGUCUAAAGGGCUGUCGGACGCCGGUAGCUUGUCAAAUGAUAUCCUUGCAGAGUGAUUCCUCUCACACUGGUCUUCUUUUAUCACGAAGGGCGACGGACCAACAACACCGGAAGGAAUGUCGUACUGCAAGCAGGAGGGUAAAGAUCGCAUCAUCUUUGUGACCAAGGAGGACCACGAAGCUCCCAGCAACGCUGAGCUCAUCGCAGACGACCCCAAUGAUCCGUAUGAGGAGCACGGUCUGAUCCUGCCAAAUGGAGACGUCAACUGGAACUGUCCUUGUCUGGGCGGCAUGGCCAGCGGGCCGUGUGGCUCUCAGUUCAAAGAGGCCUUUUCCUGCUUCCACUACAGCAAGGAAGAGGUGAAGGGCUCCGAGUGCAUCGACCACUUCCGCGACAUGCAAGAGUGCAUGCAGAGGUACCCAGAGCUCUAUCCUCAGGAUGACGAGACGGAUAGCUCCUCCCAAGAAGCAGAGUCCCGCUCCGCCCUGCCGACCGAAAAAGACUCGACCGCGGCCACCUCAACAGCCGAGGCCGCUGUCUCAGCUGACGGCACGUCGCCUACAGACGAGCAGACUGCCAGCUAGGCUGAGGUCCAUCGGUUAUCGUCCAGGCGUCUGUUUGCAAGCACUGCCCAGCAUAACUGACCCCAUGUUACAGGCCGUCGGAGAAGGACUUUGUGAACGCAGAGGAACAUAGCAUAUGUACAAGAGUUUAGGCUGCUUUUUUUCCUGAGCUAUCAGAAAUCAUUGAAUAAUAUGAUUUAAUGACUGCUGACCAAGCUGUUUGCUGCAGGGACAUCAGUUGAAUGACUCACUUUAUAUGCAAUUGAAGUUGAAUUUAUGGCUUUUUAAUCAGAAUAGCUUUGUUUGUUGGCGUUCACUAUAUGUGUUGUUUGACUGAGAUCUCGACAGUAAUAGCUGGAUUUGUUUUAUUUGAGCAAUGUUCAGCUUUUCCUAAGAAAUCACCUCGACCUCUUACUAUGAUUUAACAGAUAAUCCAUUUACUUUCCAUCAUUCGAGACCAAAAAGCAGGUAAUUGGUCAGACAUUUUUAUCUUUCUUGACAUCUUGUAGAACCAUCUUAUGAACAUAUUGACGGAGAGUUCGUUAUCUGGUCUCGACCAAAGCGUCUUUUGGCAAAUUCAACUGUCACUGCGUUAAUGUUUUAAUUCUGUCUCCAUUUGGAUGCUGUGGUCACUAUUCACUGACAUUCAGGCCUUAAAAGAAUUGAUGGAUAUUUCUCAGACAUGUCCAGAUUAAAAUUGUGAUCAAACCAUUUAAAAUUACUUUCUCCCUUUUUGUUCUAAAGUGAAUAUUUUCAGUAAUUUUCUCCUUCACACAACGCGAGUUGGAAUUUUAUGGAAAGUUUUUCUCACUGAAUUUGCCAAUAAGAUUUACAAGUUGAACAGUAACACAGAACCACACCAAUAUAUUUUACAGCCUUAACUUGAUUGUAUUGCCUGUAUCUUACUUAUGUAUCGUUUCCUUUCAUUGAAUCUGAAUUAUUACUGUUUUCAAAAUGGUUUAUAUUUAAUAGUUUUAAACCAAAAAUAAUGCAACUCAACUAGACAUUCAAGCUCAGGUUUGGUCCUUCCUAUAUUUUCUGUAUAAACUGUAAAAUUUA